AUGAUGAUUAGAAUCCCAAAUGCUUCACCUAUUGCUCUUUUUACUAACUUUGAAACUAACUGUACUUGUUAUUUCCAUCCAAAUGUUCUAAUUUAUACUCUACGGAAUCGUAUUGCUUAUUUGGCUAGGAAUCAUAAGAUUUUUAAUUUUUCCCCUUUUAACCAAAAUUAUCAACAUUUAUCAAAUAAAAAUUAUACACAUAAUAAUUUCAACAAUAUUAAUACUAAUUUCAACAAAUUUAAAUAUAGUUUUAAUGAUAUUGAUAUUGAUUUCAAUGAAACUACUACCUGUACCGUUGGUUCGGAUGGAAAUAAUUUAUCAGAAAAUUUGAAAAAUGAAGUUUAUCAAAUUUUAUAUUCACUUUUAAGUUGUAUUGAUUAUAUUAAACCACAAUCAACUUGUACUAUACUCUUAUCAUUAAUUAAACUGAGAUUUUUUGAUGAAGAAUUAAUAAAAAUAUUUAUUGAGAAUUUUAAAUUUGAUGAAGCUAAUCCCAAGUCAAUUUCUCUUUUUUUCCUCUCUUGUUCUAAAUUAUAUAUUAACAAAAAUAUACUCAAAAAUAUUAUUAACUUUAUUCUAAAUACUAUUAAUACUAAUUCUAAUAGUAUUGCUGAUUCAGUAUACCCUAAUACUAAUACUAACCCUAAUCCACAACCUAAUCUAGAAUAUAGUAAAAAAGAUAUAAUAUGUAUAUUAGGAUCAUUAAAUAGAAUAAUUAAUACUAAUGAUUUCAAAUUAAAAUCUUGUAUAUUAAUUUUAUAUAAUAAAUUACUUGAGAAAUUAUCAAAUUAUUUGAAAGAUUGUAAUAUAAUUGAGUUGACAGAAGUUUUAGAAUCACUUCAUACAAUGAAUUCUAAUGAAUAUUAUACUAAUGUUAUUGAUCAUAUUAUGAACAAUUCAAGUCUCAUUACUUUUAAUAAUAUUUAUAAGAUUUUUAAAAUUAUUAAUACAAAGUCAAGAUUAAAAUUAAAUAAACAUUCUCUUAACAAUCAAUUGUUAAUUCAUUAUUUGGAUAAACUUCAUAUUAAUGAAUUGAUUAUGAUUAUUAAUGAUUUUAAUAUUUAUACUACUGAUGAUUUUGUAAUACAAUUUUCUAAUCAAUUACUUAACACAUUAUAUGUGAAUAGUACUAAGGCAAUGAAUAUACCCAGUAAUCUGGGUACACUAAAUCAGGAUAGUUUGAAUAAGAAUUUGAAGAAUCUAAAUACUACAAACACUUUAAAUACACUUAAUCAGGAUAAUUUGAAUAAGAAUCGGAAGAAUUGGGAAAAUGUGAAUAUAUUUGAGAUAAUAAAAUAUUAUAAUAGAAGAUAUGAAACAUCAAUAUCAAGAGAAUAUUAUUUAAUAAAUAAAAUACUAAAAGGUAUAAAACCAGAAUAUGAUAUAAAAAAAGUAAAUGAAAUUAGUAAUUUGUGUGGAUACAUUUAUGAAAUAUUACAAGGUGAUAAUUAUAAUAUUAAAAGAUGUAUAAUAAAUAAAUAUAUUAUCAAAUAUAAUUAUCAAUCCUUUUUUCAAUAA